UGCUGCCCUCCCACACCCCUGUGUAUGAGAUCCAGAGAGACAAGCUGGCCAGUCAUAACAGAAGAAGGACACCAACUACUCACAUCACACGACUAUACCACCAAGGAACACACAAAGGACCAUCAACACGCCAUCUGCGGACGUCUGGUUGCGUGAUUAGCGAUUGAAAGCAGGCGUUGAACAGAAAAGGAUACUGAGGAGAAGAAGGGGACUCAUCUCAACAACUCACAAUCACGGGACAUCUUACUGAAUGACUGAGAAUAUACCACGGGAAGCACUGACUUCCAUCUACUGAGUGCUCAGUAACCUCCUAUAGUGAGAAAGACAAAUAAGGGUGACAUUUUUCUAUUUUUCUUCAGCGGCCAUGGCGUCGACGGGUCUCCAGCUGCUGGGCUUGGUGCUGGCCGUGCUGGGCGGGGUGUUCGGGGCGUUGGUGUGCGCCGCUCCUCUGUGGCGUGUGUCCGCCUUCGUGGGUGGAGAGCUGGUGAUUGCCCAGGUGUUGUGGGAGGGCCUGUGGAUGAACUGCCUGUCUCAAACCACAGGCCAGAUCCAGUGCAAGACCUAUGACUCCACCCUGGCCCUGCCCAAGUCUGCCCAAGCCGCCCGGGGCCUCACCGUGCUCUCCCUGCUCGUCUGCCUCCUGGCCCUCAUGCUUGGGGUGGCGGGGGCCAAGUGCACGCACUGCAUGGGCGACAACAACCAGGCCGCCAAGGCUCGGCUGGCGAGGAUAGCCGCGGUGCUCUUCCUCGUGGCCGGCUUGGCCUACUUGAUACCCAUCUGUUGGACCGCCCAUGCGGUCAUCAGGGACUUCUAUGAUCCGAACGUUGCAGCGCCUUUAAAGAGAGAGCUGGGGCCGGCGCUGUACCUGGGCUGGGGGGCCAGCGUGCUGCUCCUGGUGGGGGGGUCUCUGCUCCACCUGGGUUCCUCUCCACCGGGAGGAGGAACGCUGUCUGUUUUCGGCGGAGCAGCGAAGAACAACCCACACGCAGGGGCAGCAGGGGAGGCGAAGCAACAGGAAAAAUCUUUUGUAUGAGAUGAUUUUAUUGGACAUGUGAGGUCAAACUACAACGUCACCAUCUAUUACAGGACAUUCAGCCUAUAUUGUGUUUUAUCUCGCAUGUUUCUUUAAAUAAUGUGGAUUUCAUUACACUUUGGUAAAUGGUUGUUUACAUUUAUUGACAAAUUUACACGAUUAAAAAAAAGAUAGCAAAGGGUUUCUAAUACAGUGUACUGUAUAUUAUUUAAUAGCUUUCUGUCAGAGUGGGAGUUGACAUGAAUUGUGGGAGGAUUUUAAAUGAUUAGCGGUUUACUAAUGUAUGUGACCUUGAAUUUCUCAAAUUCCACUCUGCCUCUGCUUGUGUGCGUGUGUGUGUGUGUGUGUGUGGGUGGUCUGUGUACAGAAGGCCAGUGUACAUGUGUAUGCUGGUGUGUUCACUGAAAAUAUGUGCGGGCCGUCAGAGCGAUGCUGGUUUAUUUACUUUUUAUGACUGUUUCUGAGUAUUUGGGAUUUUGAGCAAAUUUAUUUAUUUUGUUCUUUAUUCUUGUUUCUUUCUAUUUUUACUGUGGUUCUGCAUUACGUAUGUCUACUGAACCCUUUUAUUGAUAUCAGUUCAAACACCCCUAUUGUCUAAGUUUUAGAACUUUUUUCUUUAUAUGAGAAAUAGUUAUUCAUGUUUAUGUAAUAUAAUAGUAUGUAUAGCAGUAUAGAAGUUGUAGUUUUGUAAAUUU